AACGCAGCAGCAACACAAAAAGGGAGAAGUAUCAUCACAGAGCGCCGGAGGCAACUGAAAACACAAAGUCACCCAGCCAAGUUGUCAGUCGGUCGACAUUUCUUAACAGCCAGCAGCAAAGACUAAGUGUUGUGCACAGUAUGGUGGCUUACACAACUGCACCAGGUGAUCUUGAGAUGGGGCUUGAGGAGAGGCCGGUGGUUUUGGUAGAGAAGAAGUCGUCUACCAGUUGGAUAUGGAAGAUGUCCGGGGCCCUUCUCUUUGUGGCCCUUUGCUUCGGAGGCGCCUUGAUGUUUUCUUGGUACUGGAGUGGAAAGCCAGAAAUGCCGAACCAAUCCGGCCAAGCAGAAGCACAAAUCAAGGAGGAUGCUGCUGAGAAAACAGAUCCUCACUACACUCUGAAGCGUAUCAGCAGCAAAGCCAAGGCAGCCAUCCAUUUAGAAGGUAGCUACGACGAGGGCGAGGGUCUGGAAAGCCAGCUGGAGUGGAGGAACGGUCAAGGCCAGGCGUUCGCUCAGGGCGGCUUCCAGCUGACGAACAACCAGAUAGUCAUCCCACACACCGGCCUCUACUUCGUCUACAGCCAGGCGUCGUUCAGAGUGUCCUGCCACGACGGCGAAGAGGAGGGAUCGGGAAAACGCCUCAUGCCUCUCAGCCACAGGAUCUGGCGCUACUCAGACUCCAUAGGCAGCGAGACCUCUCUGAUGAGCGCGGUGAGGUCGGCGUGCCAAAACACGGCUCAGGAGGACAGCUACCGAGAUGGACAGGGCUGGUACAACACCAUUUAUCUGGGUGCAGUGUUUCAGCUGAACAGGGGAGACAAACUGUGGACGGAAACCAACCAGCUGUCAGAGCUGGAGACCGAUGAGGGCAAGACCUUCUUUGGAGUGUUUGCACUUUGAAAUGACUCUUAAAGCAAAGGGUACAAGACUCCGCACAGUGCCAUAAGUUGUUUUUAACAUUCAGUACUUUUCAUUUUUAUUUUUAUUCAUCAUCAUGGUGAUGGAGUGAUGUUUAAAUCCCAAUGGAGAUAAAGCUUGUUGCUGAACAGGCGGUGCUGAUUUUUAAAAAUCCUAUAAACUGUAACAGUUUGCAAUGUUUAUUUUAUUUUAUUUUAUUUUAUUUUAAGCACUUUUAGUACAUUAUUUAUGUUGACCUGAGAUUGUAGUGGACCAGACUUUCUCCUCUGCUGUAUCUGAAGAUGACACAGCUCUUCAAUGGAGAGUUCAGGUUCAAGGAUUACAACGAUGAUGUACAAAGCUGUUAUCGCGUACCUUUACAACCUGUAUGUAUUUAUUUGUAUUUAUUUAUAUUUAAAUGGUGGGGAUUAUUUGUUAAAUAUUUUAUUUAUACACUUUAUGUGCACAUAAACUGAAUUAAAAUCUAACAACAACAUCAAAAAAUGAAAAAAACCUAACAAAUCAUUUUGUGUCACCAUGAACAAUGAACUCCUUGCAUGGCUGAGAUAGUAAUACUAGAAACACUAGAGAUUUACAGCUGAGUUGGCAAACAGCUCCAGCCAGACAGGGCAGUAGCUCACACACACACACACACACACACACACACAGUAGUGGAGUGGGCCAAGUUUCUUAUUUGACAAAUGUUGAUCCAAAAUUCCUCCACAGCCAGCAAAUACUUCCUUUGUUAGAUCAGACAAGACGAGGGGAAUUUCCUGCUUUUUUGUGUCUUGCUGAGUGCUGUGUCAGGUGGAGGCCCACAGAAGCCUCAACCCAGAGCGGGUUUUCCCCAGCGACACACCCCCCUCCUCCUCACACUCACACACACACACACACUCCACCACCUCCCUUCUCCUCCACAUCGCCAACCCUUUCCCCCCCAUUACCACAUACCUCAUCUUCAGUCAGCUGGAAAGAAGCAUGACAUGGAAGGCAGUGUGUCUGUAUGUGUGGUGGGGGUGGG